AUGACGAGGGCCCACGAGACAUCCAAUGUGGUCCGUUGUUGUGUUGGGGACGAAACCCUUAUGCAAUUGUUACCACAUUUACUUGAGCAACUCGAACUGUGUCAGAAGUCCCUGACUGGAUAUUUGGAGAAGAAACGCUUACUUUUCCCGCGGUUUUUCUUUGUGUCUGACCCGGCAUUGCUUGAAAUCCUCGGCCAGGCCAGCGAUUGCCACACGAUCCAGGCUCAUCUUCUUAGCGUCUUUGACAACAUCAAAACUGUCAAAUUCCACGAACGGCAUUACGAGCUAAUCUUGAGUGUUCAGUCCAGUGAGGGUGAAGAAAUCAAGCUGGACAAACCUGUGAGAGCCGAAGGCAACGUAGAAUGUUGGUUGAUGGCAUUAAUGGUGAUGUCGCAGAAGUCACUUCACACUGUCAUCAGAAAUGCUGCAGGACUCAUCCAAGAUUCCAACUUUCAGCUACUUGAUUUCUUGAACACCUUUCCCGCCCAGGUUGGGAUUUUAGGAAUCCAAAUGAUUUGGACCCGGGAUUCAACUGAAGCCCUUGUGGCAGCCCGAACUGAUCGAAAGAUUAUGCAACAAACUAACCAGGAAUUUCUGAAACUGCUCAACACGUUAAUUGGCCAAACAACGCUUGAUCUAAACAAAACAGACCGCACUAAAUAUGAGACGCUAAUCACAAUCCACGUUCAUCAGAGAGACAUUUUUGAUAACUUGUGUCGUUUACAUAUCCGAAGUCCAAACGAUUUUGAAUGGCUGAAACAGUCACGGUUUUAUUUCCUGGAAGACCAAGACAAGUGCCUCAUCUCUAUCACCGAUGUGGAUUUCACAUACCAAAACGAAAUCCUCGGCUGCACAGAGAGAUUGGUCAUCACCCCACUUACGGACAGAUGCUAUAUCACAUUAGCGCAGGCCCUUGGUAUGUCCAUGGGAGGGGCACCUGCUGGUCCUGCAGGAACAGGGAAAACUGAAACAGUCAAGGAUAUGGGCCGUUGUCUGGGCAAAUAUGUUGUAGUCUUCAAUUGCUCAGACCAGAUGGAUUUCAGAGGACUGGGCCGGAUUUUCAAAGGUCUUGCCCAGUCUGGAUCUUGGGGUUGUUUCGAUGAAUUCAAUCGGAUUGACCUGCCCGUCCUUUCAGUUGCUGCUCAACAAAUUGCCAUUGUUCUUACAUGUAAAAAGGAAAGAAAGAAACAAUUUAUUUUUACCGACGGCGACACAGUCCAAAUGAACCCGGAAUUUGGUAUCUUCUUGACUAUGAAUCCUGGAUAUGCUGGUCGCCAAGAAUUACCAGAGAAUUUGAAAAUCAAUUUUCGCACAGUCGCCAUGAUGGUUCCUGACCGACAGAUAAUCAUCCGAGUGAAGAUGGCCAGUGUUGGAUUUAUUAACAACGUCAUUCUUGCUUGCAAAUUCUUCACCUUAUAUAAACUUUGUGAAGAACAACUCACCAAACAGGUCCAUUACGAUUUUGGUUUACGGAACAUUCUGUCUGUUCUGCGAACUCUGGGUGCGGUUAAGCGUUCUUGCCCAGACGAUACAGAACAGACUAUUGUAAUGCGGGUUCUUCGUGACAUGAACCUUUCCAAACUGGUCGACCAGGACGAGCCUCUAUUCCUCUCAUUAAUCAACGAUCUCUUCCCGGGAAUUGUUCUUGACAAGCAGGCAUAUGCCCUACUGGAAAAUGCCAUCUCCAGACAAAUCGAAAAGGCUAAACUCGUUGACCAUCCAACGUGGACACUGAAAUUGAUUCAACUUUACGAAACACAGCGUGUACGUCAUGGUAUGAUGACCCUGGGACCUAGUGGUGCGGGUAAAACAUGCUGUAUUCACACCCUAAUGAAGGCCAUGACAGACUGCGGAGAAAUACACAAGGAGAUGCGAAUGAAUCCAAAAGCUAUCACUUCAUCCCAAAUGUUCGGUAAACUCGAUGUUGCCACCAACGACUGGACAGACGGUAUUUUCUCCACCCUCUGGAGACGAACGCUCAGGGCUAAAAAAGGUGAACAUAUCUGGAUAGUUUUGGAUGGACCUGUGGAUGCAAUAUGGAUCGAGAACUUGAAUUCCGUGCUGGAUGACAAUAAAACUCUGACUUUAGCCAACGGCGACCGAAUCCCUAUGGCCCCAAACACUAAAAUCAUCUUUGAGCCGCAUAAUAUCGAUAACGCUUCGCCAGCCACUGUAUCCAGGAAUGGUAUGGUCUACAUGAGCAGUUCUGGGCUUGAUUGGUUGCCCAUACUGAAGGGCUGGUUGAAUUAUCGCCCAGUCCAAGAGGCCGGAAUCAUUUUGAGUUUGUUCGAACGAAGUUUCCCUCAGUUGUACAACUUUGCCGCGCAAAACCUGCUAUUCAAAAUGGAUAUACUCGAAGCCUUUGUCAUAACACAGGUAAGUAAUCAGUUGUCUUCAGUUAUUUUGCCGAUUUGCUUAUCUAUCUAUCUAUCUAUCUAUCUAUCUAUCUAUCUAAUUCUGCUAUCUAUCCAUUGA